AUGGACAUCGACGAGAAGCAACCCGUUCAGCGCGUCCGCUUUGGAGAUGAACGCACCGAUGAAGAGGCGAACGAGCAUGUAGGAUACGGCGCGCGCAACAGGCGCCUUUCUAGGCAGUCGAGCGUUGGCAGUCUCUCUAUCCACAGUGCUGGCGGUGCAAGGACGGUUCAGCCGGAAACGGCCCUACCCAUUACCUACCGCACCCUUUCCAUCGAGAUCGAUGAAGGUCAGCACGAGAAGCUGAAGCAAGUGAAGAAGGCCAAGGAGAAGGCCGCUGUUGACCUGGCUGGCCUUGAGUGGCAUACCCUUGAAAUCCAAGAGCUAUGUCGCCGCCUCUCCGUCGACAUCGACCAGGGCCUCAGCGAUGAUCAGAUCAAGCGCCGCAUCACCGAGUAUGGUCGCAACAAAAUGACCCCUCCACCUUCGCGACUCUUCUCCAAGAUCAUGGGAUACUUCUUUGGUGGAUUUGGCUCCAUCCUCCUGACAGCUGGUAUACUGGUCUUCGUCUCCUGGAAGCCCCUUGGUAACCCUCCAGCGCAAGCUAACCUGGCGCUUGCCUGUGUGCUCAUCGCUGUUUGGCUCAUCCAAGCUGGCUUCAAUGCCUGGCAGGACUUCAGUACGAGCAGAGUCAUGGCAUCGAUAGGCACCAUGUUGCCUGAUCAGUGCAUUGUCAUCCGCAACGGUUCUCAUGCCAGCAUAUCUGCCCUUGACCUCGUUCCUGGAGACAUCAUUGUCAUCAAGCAAGGAAAUAAGCUACCCGCUGACGUCCGUCUUGUUGAAGUUUCGAGCGAUGCCAUGUUCGAUCGGGCCAUUUUGACAGGUGAAUCUGAGCCUGUCCCGGCGACCAUCGAACCCACCGAAGACAACUACCUUGAGACAAACAACAUCGGUCUACAAGGCACACAUUGCAUCAGUGGCUCUUGCUUAGGUCUCUGUGUUGCGACUGGUGAUAACACCAUUUUCGGUCGCAUUGCGAAGCUUACCUCUGACCCGAAGACGGGCAUGACACCCCUUCAGAAAGAGAUUUUGCGCUUUGUGUUGAUUAUCUCACUGUUCAUCACAUGUGUUGUCAUCCUCAUCGUCGUUCUCUGGGCUGCGUGGUUACGAAAGUCCCACCCCAACUGGAUCAAUGUGCCACUCCUGAUCGUCAGUUGUGUCUCUGCUGCCGUGGCUUUUAUCCCCGAAGGCCUCCCGAUUGCUCUAACCACGUCUCUCACCAUCGUCGCGAACAUCAUGCGGAAGAACAAGAUCCUAUGCAAGUCCUUGAAGACAGUUGAGACACUCGGCUCAGUCUCUGUCAUCUGUUCAGACAAAACAGGAACCCUCACCAAGAACCGCAUGACAGUCACCGACAUCUUCGGUGCCGGCGAACAGUUCACGCCUGAAGCGGCCCGCGACAUGAUGGCCGUCCUACGGUCCGAGAACAACUUGGCUACACUAUCGAAGAAGCGCGAAAACGUCAUCGAUCAGAUUCGUAUCCUUGGUGGGCUGUGUAACUCUGGCGAGUUCGAUGCUGCCACGAUGCAUCUGCCCGUCUCGGAGCGCACGAUCAAUGGCGAUGCUACUGACCAAGCUGUCCUGAGACUUUCUGAGAGUCUGGGCUCCGUUGCCGAGCUGCGCCUGGAUUACAAGAAGACUUUCGAGAUUGCAUUCAACAGCAAGAACAAGUUCAUGAUUAGGCUCAUGACACCGGCAAACCAACCCGCAACAAGCAACAACACCACUCUGAUGAUCAAGGGCGCGCCUGAUAUACUGCUUCCACGAUGUGACACCACUCUGAACAAUAACAACGAGGCUGUGCCCCUCACAGAUGCUCAGCGUUUCCGCAUUGAGCAGAUUAAGGACGACUGGUCUCGCCAAGGCAAGCGCGUUAUCCUGAUGGCUCGCAAGCCGACAGUUAUGCCCUUCUCUACCAACGCUGAAAAGGAAGUACUCGUUGCAGCUCGUCAAGGUCUUACCUUCGUCGGUAUCGUCGGCAUCGUGGACCCCCCGCGUGAUGAGAUCCCCGAGGUUGUACGCAUCCUUCGUGGUGCAUCAAUCAGGAUCUUCAUGGUUACUGGUGACUUUAAGCUCACUGCUCAAGCAAUUGCCGAAGAGUGUGGUAUUAUCUCGAACUCAAUGAUGGUCGACGAUGUGAUGGCGCUCAGUCGAGACAUCAAUACCCCGUCGCCGAAACAGGCUAUCGUACUGAGCGGACCAGAAUUGAUCACAUUGAAUGAGAAUCAGUGGGAUCAGCUGUGCUCGUACCAGGAAAUUGUCUUCGCUCGUACUACUCCGGAGCAAAAGCUGCGUAUCGUGAAAGAGUUCCAGGCUCGUGAGAACAUCGUCGGUAUGACUGGUGAUGGUGUCAAUGAUGCUCCUUCGCUCAAGGCUGCCGACAUUGGUAUCGCAAUGGGUAGCGGUUCGGACAUCGCGAUCGAGGCUGCUGACAUGGUGCUUCUUGACUCGUUUGCUGCGAUCUGCCAGGCUGUCCUGUAUGGUCGUCUUGUCUAUGACAAUUUGAAGAAGACGAUCGUCUACCUCCUCCCAGCCGGAAGUUUCAGUGAACUCUGGCCCGUCAUCACCAACGUCGCCUUCGGUAUUCCCCAGAUUCUAUCCUCUUUCCUCAUGAUCAUCAUCUGCUGCUUGACCGACUGCGCCGCCGCCAUUACCCUUGCCUACGAGAAGCCCGAAGCCGACCUAAUGCUCCGCCCUCCCCGCAACAUCAAGAAAGACCGCCUCGUCGACACAAAGCUGAUCUUCCAUGCUUAUUUCUUCGUCGGCUUGUACCAGUGCUUCUUGUCCUUUACCAUGGCCUUCUGGUACAUGGAGCGCAAGGGCAUACCAUUCACGGCCAUGUGGUUGAAAUUCGGCAACUACGACCCGCAAUACGAUGCUAACUACAUCAACGAGACGGCAAACACGGCGUCAAGUAUCUACUUCGUCACGCUGGUCAUCAUGCAACUCUUCAACCUCCUAGCCACACGUACCCGCCGCCUGAGUAUCUUCCAACAACCACCAAUUCUCAACAAGGAGACGCAGAACUGGCUCUUGUUUCCUAGCAUGGUGUUUGCCAUUGUGGUUGUGUUCAUUUUCUGUUACAUUCCCAGUCUGCAGGAGACUAUUGGCACGCGCGAGGUGCCGGUCGAGUAUUGGUUCUUGCCGGCGGCGUUUGGUUUGGGGCUGCUGAUGCUAGAUGAAGGGAGGAAGUAUUGUGUUAGGACGUGGCCGAAUGGGCUGCUUGCGCGGAUUGCAUGGUAGAUAGGGUCGUUGCGUCUGAAGCAACCUUGAAUAAGAGCUUUU